AUGGCCACGAUGAUCCUAGCUGGAGGAAUUGAUUGGGAGGUCGAGCUGCUUAAUCACAGCAUCCCUAUAUGGCCAACGCAGCUACGUUGGUACACCGAAAGAACAUUGCCUGAAUCUUUAAGUCGUGAUUACCAUGUGCAGAAGAUGCAGAUUGGCCUCGCGUGCCAUGAAGUGCAUGGGCAUUGGCAAGAGUUUGUUCAUCCGUUUGGAGCUGUAUACCACUACAAUGCAAAAAGUGUGUCAAGAAGCAAAAUAGAAGGAAAACAGUGGCUGUUAGUCGUCGAGCCGAUCCUAGCAAGGGGGCAGGAGAUUUAUCUGUACUAUUAUGUGGUACCUGAGAACCACAUCAUUACCUGGAUCGAACCUGUGGAUGCCUACCUCCUAUUUCAAGAAUGUACAGCGGCAUGGCACUGGAACCACAAAAGACUCGAACUGGAGGCCCAAUAUUGGAAACACAUCAAAUAUUUUCCACACGGGAUCAAAAUGCAUCAUUCGGAAGCCUUAGCUUUAGAAAAAUCUACUGCGGGCUCAAUAUUUUGGACUUUAGAACAAAUGAAAGAAAUGACUGCUGAGCUAGCUAUUGCAGCUGAUGGCCGAAUGACAGAAGAACUAGCAGGAAGUGAUGGGGUCAUGGAGGAGCAAGGUGUCGCAAUCUGCGGUAAAUUGUUGCACAUACUCCGGCAUCACAAAUAUUUAAAUCACCAUGGCCAGCCCGAAGCUCACUUGAUGCGAAUGCAUUCACUGGGCGAGAAGCGCACAGACCUGGAAAAACCUACUUUCAUGACUGCCGUUGCCGUUGCUAUGUUCUGGGUCCCAAUCAUGAAAUUCAUAGACGACUUUAGUGCACAAGCUAAAUCUCAAACUACGGUUGUGAGUGUUAUCAUGGCAGUUGAUGCCAGUAUCCUUGCCAUCCCAGUACUUGAACAGGCAUAUUACCUACAAGGGAAGAUGUUGCUUUCCAUCUUUGGAUUUCUCGCAGGGGUUUUCGCAAUUGAAUACGGGUUGCCCUUAUCCGCAAGGAUAGGAUGUGGGCUGGCACUUCUUACUGGGACAGGCCUCACAAUUCUCUUGACGAUCACUGCUUUUGGUCCUGGGCUGAUACGAACAAUUGGCUCUCUAAGCAGUGUUAGUCAAUAUUACCGUGACUUUAAUCAGUUCAAACAUUCGACUCGCGAGCCUUACAAAGUGAACCACAGGAUAGGAGGAGCGCGACUCUUGAGCUACUUGGGCUCGAGAGAGUCUGCCGAGAAAUUCGACAAGAAGGCGAGUGUUCAUGUGCACAUACUCAUCUCCGCUCUCCCCAUGACUCACUCCGAUCACAUCAAUCACAACUACUCAUCACAACUUGGGCCGCUUCUAGAGGCUACUGAGAGACCAGAAGAGAUCAGACUAGAGUCCAGAUACAUAGAGUCCAGAACAAGCCACAAUCAAAAGGGAGAUCAGGAAGUCAUGUAA